AUGGCAGACAAAAGCGGCCUAGCUGAAGACAUCAAUCCACAUGGCAGUGAGCAACAUACACCCGAUAUCGAGAUCCCACCGUUGGAGGAUGUGAGAAAGAGCAGAUGGCAAAGAUCAUGGCCGACGAUUGCAUGCGGUGCAGGCCUCUUCAGCGAUGGAUAUUUACAAAGCGUCAUUGGUCCAGUCAACACUUGCUUGAAGACCAUCUAUGGAGAUGCAUACACCGGCAGCUCAGCGCAGCAGAACGUCACUUCGAUUGCUUUCGCGGGAACAGUCGUUGGACAGCUUGCCUUCGGAUACACCAGUGAUCAUUACUCCCGAAAGUGGUCGCUGGUGAUAUCGACCAUUAUCCUAUUCGUUUUCGCGGCAUUAGGCGCUGGCUCUUACGGAGCAGGAGGGACGGCGGGCGGUCUCUUCGCUGCGCUCACAGCAUACCGCUUCCUGCUGGGCAUCGGCAUUGGUGGAGAGUACCCUGCUGGCUCUGUUGGUGCAGCCGAGUCAACUGGCGAACUAAAGAAGGGCCAUCGCAAUCGAUGGUUCUGCUUGUUCACAAACACACAGAUCGACUUCGGCUUCGUCGUGGGAACUCUCGUACCUAUGGUCGUCGCUCGCAUUGCUCCAAACAACCUUGGUCUCGUCUGGCGUCUUUCUCUCGCUUUAGGCGUCAUUCCACCGCUGUCGUUGAUCUAUCUUCGCAUUAAGCUCAAGGAACCCGAAUCGUUCUCUCGUGAGAGCUUCAGAGGGACCAAGACGCCAUACUUUCUGGCAAUCAAGUUCUAUGGACCUCGAUUGCUGUUAGUCUGCGGCAUCUGGUUCAUCUACGACUUUCUGACCUAUCCAUUUUCUAUCUACUCUUCAGCUUGGAUCGAUGUGAUUGAACCAAAUCGAUCUCUUUGGCAGACUUUUGGUUGGUCCGCACUGGUCAAUUUCUUCUAUUUACCGGGAGCGAUUUUGGGAUCUUUUACCUCCGAUUGGAUGGGACCCCGUCGGGCACUUAUGGUUUUCGUCAUCGCUCAAGGCUGUCUUGGAUUUAUCAUGAGCGGCUGCUAUGCAUAUUUGAAGAUGCCUGAGAACAUUGCAGGCUUCGUAGUCGUAUAUGGAAUCUUCUUAAUGCUAGGUGAAAUGGGUCCAGGAGACAACAUCGGUCUAGUCGCCUCGAAGAGCUGUGCUACUGGUAUCCGGGGCCAGUACUAUGCCAUCGCUGCUGCCCUCGGCAAGGUUGGUGGGUUCAUUGGCAAUUACAUCUUUCCAGAUAUUUACAACGCCGGUGGAGGCGAAGACACUGUCAAAGGAGGGCAGUACCCGUUCUAUGUUGCGUCCUCGCUUUGCUUCUUGAGUGCGUUCCUUGUGUGGUGGCUGCCAAACAUCGAUCAGGACACCAUUGAGAAGGAGGAUUUACGAUUCAGGGAAUAUCUUGAGCAGAAUGGCUACGAUACGACGAAGAUGGGCAAUUUGCAGUGGCAGGAGAAGAGACAAAGUAUAUCGCAGCAUGUGAAAGAGGAGCGUUGA